GUAAUGAAGCACAUGUCAGCCCCACCCCCGGUCCCGUGGGUAGACUCCUCCCCCUAGCCCGCCCCUAGGCUCAGAGGAGCAGGUAUGUGAUCUGUUUGAUUCCCUCCCAUCCGCAUCACAAGGCUCCGACCCAGGGAACCCAAUCAGCUCCGCAGCAUCAGCUCCCGGCCUAUGAGUGGAUCAUAGUUAGAAGACAUGGCACCAUUGGCUAACAACGUGAUGGGGUACACUCCGCCAGAUGGAGGCUGGGGUUGGGUGGUUGUUUUCGGAGCUUUUAUCUCAAUGGGAUUCUCCUACGCCUUUUCAAAAGCGAUCACCGUAUUCUUCAAAGAAAUCCAGGAGCAUUUUGGGGCUUCGUACAGUGAAAUUGCAUGGAUAUCCUCAAUAUUACUGGCUGCUAUGUAUGCCGGGGGUCCGGUAAGCAGUAUCUUGGUUAAUCGCUAUGGCAGCAGGCCAGUGGUUAUAUUUGGAGGACUGUUGAGUGGAGCGGGUAUGAUCAUAGCAACGUUCAGUUCAAGUAUUAUGCAGCUGUAUAUCUUCAUCGGCGUCAUUGCAGGUUUUGGUUUUUCUUUAAAUCUUCAGCCAUCUGUCAUCGUGGUUGGGAAGUAUUUUCUCAAAAGAAGGCCGAUUGCCAAUGGCCUUGCCAUGGCUGGAAGUCCAGUUGUACUUUCCACGCUUGCACCGCUCAACCAGUUCUUGUUUGAUAAGUUUGGCUGGAGGGGCAGUUUUUUGAUAUUGGGUGGAUUGUUGCUAAACUGCUGUGUGGCAGGUGCUCUCUUUCGACCAAUAGGACAGACAACAACUUCUAAGAAAAAGCCAUCACAAGAUCUUGCUGAAAAAGGCACAAAUGAAACCUUACUGUCUGCCAACAAGCUUCAGCCUUCCUAUGGGACCAAAAUGGAGGAGAACAAGGAAGAAACCUGCAUGCAAAAAUUUAACAAAGUCCUCGACCUAACACUUUUUAAGCACAGAGGUUUCAUGAUUUACCUAGUUGGCAAUGUGGUAAUGUUUUUUGCAUUUUAUGCCCCUAUUGUAUUUUUAACUCCUUAUGCCAAACAUCUUGGAGUUGAUGAGUACUCGGCUGCGUUCCUCUUAUCAAUUCUUGCCAUUGUAGAUAUGUUUGCUCGGCCAGGCACGGGUUUUAUUGCCAACACUAAGUGGAUACGCCCUAGAAUCCAAUAUUUCCUUAGUUUUUCAGUUAUUUUUAAUGGAUUUUGCCAUCUCAUGUGCCCAUUUGCCACAGACUACUUUGGUUUGGUUGUCUACUCUGUAUUUUUUGGUUUGGCUUUUGGAAUGGUUUGCGCUUUACUUUUUGAAACUCUUAUGGAUCUUGUUGGUGUCCAGAAAUUUUCAAGUGCUGUGGGACUUGUUACAAUUGUGGAGUGUGUUCCUCUUCUCCUAGGACCCCCAAUUGGAGGUGCCAUUGUUGAUGCCUUUGGAGACUACAGGUACAUGUAUUAUGAAUGUGGAGUAAUCAUGGUAUUGGCGGGACUUUUUCUUUUUGUCAUGAACUACUAUAAUUACCGCAUGCUUGAGAAAGAGGAAAAAGAAAGACAAGCAAAAGAGAUGGAAAUGAAAGAAAACUCAGGUUGUAAGAAAAACGAGACAUCGGUCAAUGAUGACAAAAUAGAAAAUGGUGCAGAAUCCACAUCGGCAAAGCCCGAUACAGAAAAGCCUUGGAAAGACGACUAACGUGGUUGAAAAUAUCAUAUAGCAAUGCACUUAAGCCAAACCCCAUCAAAAUCUUCUGCAUAUUGUUGGAUUGCUUACAAAAAUUGACAAAAUGGUUGAAUUUAUAUUAUAAGGGAUGUCCAACAUGUACAUCAUUAUGUUCCAUAAUUAAUUUCAUAUUAAAGUGGUGUGAUAAUCAAUUUCAAUGGAGUGAUGGGGGUGGGGGAUCCCGAAUAAUUGUCUAGAAUGCAGAUGUCUCCAUUUGUAGCUCAACAUCCGCCAAAGAGACACAGCUUGGACAUCCCCAUGAGAUAUUGUGCACUACUUGUAGCAUCACUCGUUUCUGGUCUAACGUAGCGUUAUUUUUUAGUAUAUAAAUAUAUAACUAUCUAUAUAUAUCACAAUCAUUCUGUCCUAGUUUCUUCCAUGGAAACCUCUUUUUGAUCUUCUGAUCAAGAAGAAAGGUGGACCAGAGCAACCUUUACUUCAUUUCGGAUGGAUACUAAUUUGUAAUCAAUAUGAAUAGCCAAAUUGGACAGUAUCCCACCAUUUGUCCCAUAGAUUUAAACUGCCUCUUUUAGGGAUUGGUCUUGGUCUGCUAAUCAAAACUCCCAAGAGAUCCCUGUAAAACAUAGUUCUCCUCCGUGACUUCAGUGGUUAGUACAUCUACAAGCAGAAGUGGAAAAAAAUUGAAAUAAGGUCGUAUCUCACCUAUAGACUUUUAUAUCACCAUGAGCCAAAAUGAUUAUGUGCUGCUAGAAUCAGCAUUUUCUGUGCCAAAAGUAGAACCGGGAAAUAACUAUUCUAACAAGGUUGAAGAUGAACCUAAUUGUAUUCGCUAAGGACAUUUACAGGCAUCAUAAGGCUAAACGGUGCUUAGAAACUAAAGGAAUUCUUUGUAAAUAUAUUGUUUCCCUUGUUUGAAUAUUUUAUUUUCUUAAGUUUAUAAAAUAUUUUUAAAA